GAGUAGGGUGCUGUAUUUUUUGUGAGGGUAAAGUUAGAUGGUAGGGUAUUUGUUUAUUUAUUUUUCAAGUGAAGUAUAAGGCAGUUGUACUCCAGUGUAGUAGGUGACGGCAAUGCAACAUAUUAAACCUCAUCGAAGAAGAUCAACAAAAAGUCGGAACCUUUGUACCUAGUAUGCGUUUCAGUCCGGCAGAAUUGAUGUGAAACUCAUAGCACACCAACGCCGCAAUAAAUUUAUCGUUUUACUGACAGAUUACUCUGUUUUGUAAAGCAGAAAUAUGUCUAUAUUUACACCAACAAACCAGAUCCGACUCACAAAUGUGGCGGUGGUGAGGAUGAAAAAGGGAGGAAAACGAUUUGAAAUCGCCUGCUACAAAAAUAAAGUGAUGAGCUGGAGAUCUGGAGCAGAGAAGGACCUGGAUGAAGUGUUGCAGACCAGUUCUGUUUUCAAUAAUGUUUCCAAGGGUCAGGUUGCCAAGAAAGAUGAUCUGUCAAAAGCCUUUGGAACAGAUGACCUGACAGAGAUAUGCAAAGAAAUUUUAGCUAAAGGAGAACUCCAGGUUUCAGAUAAGGAGAGGCAGAGCCAGUUAGAGACGAGUUUCAGAGACAUUGCAACCAUCGUGGCGGAGAAGUGUGUGAACUUAGAGACCAAGCGACCAUACACUGUCAACCUCAUAGAGCGGGCCAUGAAGGAUAUCCACUACUCUGUCAAGGCCAACAAGAGCACCAAGCAGCAGGCUCUGGAGGUGAUCAGGCAGCUGAAGGAUUCCAUAGAGAUCCAGAGGGCCCACAUGAGGCUGAGGCUGGUGCUGCCGGCCAAGGAGGGCAAGAGGCUGAAGGAGAAACUCAAACCCCUCCUCAAGGUGGUGGAAAGUGAAGACUUUGACGACCAGCUAGAGAUGGUAUGUCUGGUGGACCCAGGCUGCUUCAGGGAGAUAGAUGAGUUGAUCCGCUGUGAGACGAAAGGUAAAGGUUCCCUGGAGGUGCUCAGUCUGAAGGAUGUGGAAGAGGGAGACGAGAGGCUGGAAUAACCUUCACACAGAGCACUAUAGGACUACAUACAUACACUAUCUUACCACCACCGUUGCCACACAAACUGCAAACCCUUCAUUAAAGAGACCGCUAUUUCUAAUACCAAUGGAUCCCUUUCCAGCCUCUGUUUAUUUGAAGAUAAUUAUUUAACUGAACAGAAUACAUUUUUUCCUGCUCUACGUACAACUACUGGAUGUAUAGUCUCUCGUGACUGCUGAUUUGCUUCUUGGUCUCGAUUGCUGGAUGUAUGACCUCUUGUAAGUUGCAUGAUGCUUUAGCUGGAGGUUGAUGGAAACCUGAACUCAAACAUUGAGAUGCUCUGUAUUUCUUUAGUUUACAAAACAAGUUUGAGGCUUGUCAGGUAUUGACCAGUUUUUCACUACAUAUUAUGAGUUUUGGCAAACACUGACGAGUCAUUUUCAAUCAUUAUAUUGACCCAUGCAACAUCAAACGCAGCUUGUGCAAGUUAAUAAACACGUAAUCAGAUGGUUAACGUCUACAACAUCAGAGGAUUGAUUACCUAGCAAGCCAUCAAGGCAAGGUAAAAUAUCACAAAUGGAGCUAGAUUAAGCCAGAAGAAUAAUAUACUUGUUGAACAUAGCUAUAGCCAUCAGUCUUGUGUUUUUUCAUGGUCAUCACUCACUGCUAAGUUUGUCAAGGCCCUGACAUCAGUGUAUAGCUAGCUAUCUUGCCAGGGCUUUUUGCUGCGAUCAGGUGCGUGCACCACUUGAAUGUGACCUUUGCUUAUGAACAAAAAAUGGCUCUAUAUAAUUGAAUUAAGUUAUUUUUGUGAGUCAACUUCUACUCAAGUAAUUAAUAUGGUUUUGACCCUGCCUUUCAUUUUACCCAGUGUGGCAUUUCACCAUACUUAUGAAGUCAUAUUUUACUAUUACUAGUUAAAAAUAAUAACCCCUUAAUUUAUAUAUUCUUUCACAAGUCUUUCCUUAUAAACAAUUGCAAAUAAAAAUGUAAUAAUUUCA